AUUUCCUUUAAUUAGACAGGUUUCACUUUGGGGAGUCUCCUGUAAAGAUAAAGAGGAUGGACUGUAUGAUGUGCAUGGUGCCGGUGUGCACAGUCUAGCCUCUGAGCAUAUAGGGGUCUGAGGUAGCUAUCUAGCUGAGAGGAUCACAAAUCUAUCUCUGAUGGAGAGUUUCCUCACACCCACAAGUUUAACGUCCCCCACUUCCACCCCCUCUACCUCUCUUACACGUACUGCGGAACAGGUGAGGGGUGCAGCCCAAGCGGCCGGCCUCACUAGUACACAGGGACCAGUGCAGCUGCUCAGGUUCAGCCCAAUGCUCAACACUGAAGACUACAAAUUGCUCGAGGUGCCACCACAAGUCCUCUCUUCUCUCAGCAAUGGAAAAAGUGUUGUGAUUCGUGGUGAGGCUAGUGAUGAUGCCGUCCUGUGUACUGAGGACCAGACAUUUGAACUAAGGGCAGCUGACACAUCCAACAUGCUCCUCCUCACUCCCUCUCUUCGCCUCCGUGGAGACAAUGAUUUCAGUGAUACUGAAGAAGGCUCCAUUCUUAAUGUAGAGGUAACUGGCAGUUUGUCCAGCUAUCUGGAAUUGCGACCAAUUCGCCCUAGAACUGAGAAACUGAAGCAACUGCUCUCUGAGGUCCCCUACCGAGGUCAAGAGUAUGAAGAGGACGUCGGUAAGGAGUUACAGGUCAGCGAGCAGAGAUCGUCAAAAAAGAGUAGAGGUCCAGCAAAGUACACGUUUGAGGAGCUGCUGUGUAGAGUACAAGCGAGUGAGAGAGAACUAAUAGAGGCCCUGGAGAAGCUGCAGGCUUGCCCAAUAACAGGUUACUGGCGUGUGUUUGAUGCUGACUACAGAGACCGAGUGUGUCAGUACAUUCUCACACUAUUGGAGGAGGAGGACUGGAGCUACAAACAGGUCCCCCUUGAGCAAACCAUCUCAAAACUAGAGGAAUUGGAACCACGCUUCGCACUCGAGCACUGCCUAAACUGUUACGGAUGUAGACAACAAGAUGACUCUGGCCGUGUUUGCUAUGAGCUAUCUGAGUUGAAGGUCUGCCAGUUUUAUGCAGAGUUGUUGCUGCGACCAGCUGGAAAGUUUAAUUACCAUGAGUUCAUGUCAUCCUGGCGGCAGAGUGUUCCUGAUGGUAUGGACACUAGCCUCGACCAACUGGAGGGUCUUGCACUCGCUGACAUGACAUCUGCUCCUCCUGUCAUUUGGCACUUCCCUGUCAGCAACCUCCCACACGAUCCCACCUCAAGAUUUAAAUCAAUUUUUGAGGUACGAGAAAGAUGGACACAUAAAGAGAUUGAACCGUACAUCAGUGAUCUGGAAACGCCAACACUUUCGAUCAAGGCUCUCCUUCUCAAGCACACGAGAGCAUCCAAGAACAGUGCUGGGGAGAAACUGUACAACUCAAAGAUUGGUGUACCAACCAGAUAAAGGACAGCACUUGAUUUUGUUUUUGGAAAUUCAUAGCUGAAUACUAGACACAUGUCAUAAAUUAUUAUUCAUGAAGUGCA